UGCGUACGUGCCAGGUUAACACAGUUAGCACUAGCUUCCUUCGAACAGACCGCACCGGUCCGUGUAGCUCGCAGUCUCGCAUCAUGUUCAGAGCCGCCGUCCGACUGUCAGUCUCCGGUGUCCGAAGUUUAACUCGGACGCAACCAGGGAGCCGAGCUCUUCUGGCCUCAAGGUGUUAUUCACAUGGGAAGCAGGAGACAGACGAGGAGUUCGAUGCCCGCUGGGUCACUUAUUUUAACAAGCCAGAUAUUGACGCAUGGGAACUGAGAAAAGGGAUGAACACAUUGAUUGGGUACGAUUUGGUACCUGAGCCAAAGAUUCUCGAGGCUGCACUGAGAGCCUGUCGGAGGUUAAACGACUUGGCCAGCGCUAUCCGAAUUUUGGAAGCUGUGAAGGACAAAGCCGGACCCCAUAAAGAUAUCUACCCGUACGUGAUCCAGGAGCUGCGGCCUACUUUAAAUGAGCUUGGCAUCUCUACACCUGAAGAGCUCGGCAUUGACAAAAUUUAGCAGAGCAG